AUGGCAUUUUUCAAAAGUUUUCAGCAGAAUCUGCCUUCAGUGUCCUCUCUGGUGGACACGAUCAGUAAUGCUGUGGAAGAUUUGACUGCUGCUGUAGGAGAAGUCAGCUAUGCGUUCACUGACUCAGUUGCUGAACAGGUAACAAGCAUGAUAAAUGGCUUUCGCCCAGAAGAGGAAAGCUCUGCAGCCCCAGAAGCUGCAGAUACUUCUAAACAAGAAAGCACCACAAAACCAGAAGUCUCCCAAAACACUAAUUGUCAGAAAGCACCAUUCAAUUUAGAGAACCGAGCAAAUCGGAUAAACAGCUAUAAUACUUCAGUUUCACAAAAGCAAGACCGAGGAAUGAACGAAGGAGGAGGAGUUAAACAUAUUAAUAAUAGGCAGCAGAUGCCGUCACAGUAUCAGGAAACAGAUAAUGGCUUGAAAGGUGAUUCUUUGAAAGGCCAUGUGCGUGAUGGUAGGGUAUCAGUUAGCAGGCAGGAUGCAAGUGCUGGAUCUGCUUGGCAAGAACUUGAAAGUACUGACAGGUGUCGAAAAAAUGGAUUAGAAAUUUCCAGUGACGGUAAACCUGACUUAAAGGAGGUAAGAUAUCAAGAAAUGAAAGAAAAUUACGUAAAGAAAGCUGAAACACAUAUUAAAAGUAAAGGCCACAAAGGGAAUAACUAUUUAGGAAAUGAAAGUUCUCCAAAAGAUAUUUUGGAAAGCAGUAGACAUAUGAUGCAGAAAUCCAUUAAGAAGGAAGACUUAUAUCCAGCAGCAUCAACUAAUUCUAAAGAUCAGUGUCAAGGAAAAAUCAAAGAACAAAUGAAUCCAACAAAAUACUACAAAGGGAAAGCAGAUAUAAAAACAAAGAAAAAUGAAGCCAUUUCUGCCAAAAAAGAAACAGCAAAGAGUAAAGAUGAAAAAUAUUUUAAGAUAAUAUCAGAAAAAGAUAAUUCCUACAUGGACAAAGAUGAGCAUGGUUCAUCCUCUGAAAGUGAAGAUGAAGCUCUGGGUAAAUACCAUGAGGCCUUAUCCAGAACACACAAUUCCAGACUACCACUGGCAGAUUCUAGACAAAAGAGCUAUACUUGGGAAACGAGACAGAAAUAUAGUCCUCUUUCUGCAGAGUAUGAUGGAUACAGUAGUGAAGCAUCAAUAGAUGAAGGAAACUGCAUUCAGAGAAUGAGAAGAACACCCCCACUGGAUGAAUUGCAGCCACCACCAUAUCAGGAUGACAGUGGUUCUCCCCACCUCUCAUGUACACCCUCAGAAAUUGGGGACAGUAAAUGUGAAUUUUCCCACUGCAGCAACAGUCCAAGAUGCUCAUAUAACAAGUGUCCGAGUGAAGGAAGCACAGGUCAUGAAAUAGAAAGUUUUCAUAAUAAAGGAUUUGAAGAAGAUGUUCCGAGUGACAGCACCGCAGUCCUGAGCCCCGAAGAUGUGUCAGCUCGAGGAUCGUCUUCACAGCUUCCUAAACCUUUUGAUCCUGAGCCAGAAGCUAAAUAUGGUACCCUGGAUGUGACUUUUGACUAUGACUCACAAGAACAGAAGCUUCUGGUAACAGUGACAGCUGUCACAGAUAUCCCAACAUAUAACAGGACAGGUGGCAACUCAUGGCAAGUACACCUUGUUCUUCUACCUAUAAAGAAACAGAGAGCAAAAACCAGCAUCCAGAGAGGACCAUGCCCUGUCUUCACAGAAACAUUCAAAUUUAAUCAUGUUGAAUCUGAGAUGAUUGGAAAUUAUGCAGUUCGGUUUAGACUGUAUGGUAUACACCGCAUGAAAAAAGAAAAGAUUGUGGGGGAAAAGAUUUUUUAUUUAACAAAAUUGAAUCUUCAAGGGAAAAUGUCAUUACCUGUGAUAUUGGAACCUUCUUACAAUCAUUCUGGCUGUGACUCCCAAAUGAGCGUGUCGGAAAUGUCCUGCAGUGAAAGCACGUCCUCCUGUCAGUCUCUUGAACACGGCUCAGUCCCAGAAAUUCUCAUUGGUUUGCUCUAUAAUGCCACAACUGGAAGGCUAUCCGCAGAAGUGAUAAAAGGCAGCCACUUCAAAAACUUGGCAGCAAACAGGCCACCCAAUACAUAUGUUAAAUUAACCCUACUGAAUUCCAUGGGCCAAGAGAUGUCCAAGUGCAAGACAUCCAUCCGCAGAGGGCAGCCAAAUCCGGUCUACAAGGAAACGUUUGUUUUUCAAGUGGCCCUGUUUCAGCUCUCUGAUGUGACGCUCAUACUGUCUGUGUAUAACAAACGCAGCAUGAAAAGGAAAGAGAUGAUAGGCUGGGUUUCCUUAGGUCUGAACAGCUCUGGAGAAGAGGAACUCAACCACUGGACUGAAAUGAAAGAGUCCAAAGGACAGCAAGUCUGUAGAUGGCACGCAUUGCUAGAGUCGUGA